GUCCUGUCCCGGUAACCCGGGUUAGUUCAGUUUAGAUAGUCGGACUAACGGGUCUAACUUCCUUUAUCCGAACAAUAGCGCCAGUAAUUCACUCAUGUAACGGUACUUUGGAUUUGAAACGUACAAAUACUCGAUUACAGAUGAUGAGGUGACCUGCAAGCUGUCAGCAAUGGAGGACCUGUGGACCGUGGCCGUGGCUGUUUUCCAGCUGUGGAUGUUUGUAGUUGUGUUCCUCAUCACGCUGCCCGCCAUGUUCGGCCUCUCUCUGGGUGUCACCAGCGUCUACAUCCAGAUCCUGGUUAAACUCCUUGAGUGGGCCACGAUACGAAUCCAGAGAGGACGCCAGGAGCAGCCCAGCGUACCCGCACCGCUGCCCAACGGGAUCAUCGAGCGAGCGGAGGGCUCGAUGGAGGAGGAGAUGGAGCAGCUGCGGCGUUCUCGGUCUCUGGAAGGCGGUGAGUUUGCUCUGAGUGACGCCUUGUAUUUCUGCAAGAAGGGCCUGGAGAGCAUCGUGGACGACCAGGUGACCCAGCGCUUCUCCUCUGAGGACCUGGCCUCCUGGAACCUCCUGACCCGCACCAACCAGAACUUCCGCUACAUCAGCCUCCGCCUCACCAUCUUCUGGGGCAUCGGUGUGUUCGUGCGCUACUGUGUCCUCUUCCCUCUCAGGAUUGCUCUGGCCAUCAUCGGCCUCUCGUGGCUUGUGAUCGGAACGACUCUGGUUGGAAUUCUGCCUGAGAACAGUGUGAAGUACUGGCUAAGCGAAGUUGUCCACCUGACCUGCUACAGGAUCUGUGCCCGGGCGCUGUCGGCCACCAUCCGCUACCACAACAAAGAGAACCGACCUCAGAAAGGAGGGAUCUGCGUCGCUAAUCACACCACGCCCAUCGAUGUGGUGAUCCUGGCCAAUGACGGCUGCUAUGCCAUGGUGGGGCAGAUUCAUGGAGGUCUGAUGGGGGUCAUCCAGAGGUCGAUGGUGAGGUCGUGCCCUCAUGUUUGGUUUGAGAGGUCGGAGAUGAAAGACCGCCACGCGGUGACCACCAGGCUUAGAGCUCACGUAGCAGCAAAGACCAAACUUCCCAUCCUUAUAUUUCCUGAAGGAACCUGCAUCAACAACACGUCGGUCAUGAUGUUUAAGAAGGGCAGCUUUGAGAUCGGAGGAACGAUCCACCCCGUCGCCAUCAAGUACGACCCUCGCUUCGGCGAUGCUUUCUGGAACAGCAGCAAGUACAACAUGGUCAGCUAUCUGCUGCGCACCAUGACCAGUUGGGCCGUCGUCGUCAAUGUGUGGUACCUCCCACCCAUGACCAUACAGGAUGGAGAGGAUGCAGUCCAGUUUGCCAACAGAGUGAAAUCUGCCAUUGCUUGUCGGGGAGGACUGCUUGACCUGGCAUGGGAUGGAAGCCUAAAGCGAGGGAAGGUGAAGGACGCGUAUAAGGAAGAGCAGCAGAAGAUGUACAGCAGGGUCAUCGUCAGGCAGAACGGCAUCAGUGCCACAAACACCCGCAGAGACAAUUAAUCAUAAACAAUCAGUCACAGCAAACUCAGUCGUCUGAUUUUAGACUUUACAGGACAGACCUGAAUGCCACAUCAGACUGUGGGUGCAGGACAGCAUCUCCACCAGCAGGAGGCAGCAUGACACAACACAAUCACCCAUCCAGCUGCUCAUCUCCUCCUCUUCAUCAUCAUCAUCAUCAUCGGCUGCCAGGACUGAACUCUUCAUCACACAGAUGAGGAUGAUUUAUCACGUCAUCAUCGCUGUGUCUGAUUUUAACUUUUGUACGAACAUCUGAACCAAACUGACACUUCUGCUCACCGUUUAUUUCUCACAUGGACGAAGAAAUAUUUCAUCUGUGUGUCUACACACAACACACCAGAAACCUCUCAAACACAACACAACAGAAACCUCUCAAACACAACACAACAGAAACCUCACACACACACACACACACACACACACACACAGAUAAAUAAUUCACAUUUUUCCA